UUUACCACAGCAACAACACGAAGCCCACAAUGACGCUCUUUUCACUUGAAGGCCAGACAUCGUGCAUCUGCGAACGUCUCCCCCUUCUCUGGUCUCUGACCAUUUUGGUUGAGUAAGAGGGAGCAAUGUGUUCCGGGAAUAGUUUCUGUUCGAGGAGGUGAGGUGGACCAGACGACGCGUGAGCUCGAGAGACGGAGGGGAGGGAGAAGAGAGAAACAGCCGCCUUCAAAAAUGGCGUCUUCGAGGGAAAAUGACUAAUAUGAUGAAAAAGGGAGGCCUCGAGCUCGACAUUCAAGCGAACCGUGCGGGAUCUGCGCGCAGCGUCGCUUUUAGACACCGUUGAGUCGAACGCAAGCCGAAGCGAGCGGAGCGGGAUUUACCGAAAACACAUCAGCAGCACCAUCUUAUUUUGACGCGUCGACACAGGGCUAGCCCGCGCUGCUAGCGCGCAACAACGCUGUGGGUGGAAUUUAAAUGUCGCGUUUGCUAUUCUCCAGAUUCGCUCGCAAUAUCGUUGUAUGCGUAAUGUAACGUUAGCAGUCGUUUAACGGCCGACGUCCCUUGAUGCAUAUUUCAUACAAGUAAAGUAAGUGGAGAAAGGGGAGGAGAAACAAGGGAAAGGACGUAUACGGUCAUAUGCGUCCAUCGGUAAUUUAUCGGUCAAACCGAAUUCUUCGCAGCCCGCCAGGAGCAUGGCAUUACUCGAUCUGGUUUUAAACGAGAAAAGGCUGAAAAGGAGGUGAGUUAUUUCUUUGGAGGUGGUCGGUGAACACCCCCUCUAUCACGCACUCAUCUCCUCCCCUCCAUUUCCCUCUCCCUUUUCAAUAUGCUAUUUUUCACUCUUAUGGACUUAGUCGUCUCUCACCAGGAAGAAUGAUUAAAAACUGACAAGGGGCCGCGAUCUUGCUGUGCAGAAGAGUUUUGCACCGAAACCGUUCGCUCGCACCCUCCAGCCGCGCGUUAUUGCGAAGCGAUGGACAGAAAUUACCCGGGAGCUGGCUUCGGUGAUCUGGGCGCAGGAGCCGGAUGGAGCUACGAGAGAUCAGCCAAAGCAAGCUUGGUGUAUGGCAGCUCUAGAUCAUCACAUCCAGAGUCUGAACUUCUUCAUCGCCAAGCCUACGCCACUCCCCAUCCCCUGCAGGGUUAUGCUACCAAUCACCAUCCUGGUGGAUCUGGCCAGGGUGGGGCUUGGGGUGCAGCUGGAAGGAGCCUGGGCCUGUCUGGACUUUUUGAUGCUGGGCUGCACCACGCAAGUCCGUCAGGCCCAGAUCCAUCAGUUAUGAACCUUAUAUCUGCACUAGAGUCCCGGGGUCCACAACCGCCUCCCUCUGCCUCAUCCCUCCUAUCUCAGUUUCGCACUCCAUCAUGGCAGACGGCCAUGCACACGCCUGCCCCUGCAGAGCUUUUCAUCUCGGGUGCUCUUCCUGGAUCUGGAUCCUUCCCAUCCUCUUCUGCUUUGUCUGCCUAUCAGCACCCAGCACCAUUCUCAGGGCGGUCCUUUCCUGGUGUGACCCCCUCAUUGUCCUUACAGGACACGCCCACUUUCAGCCCCACCUCCAAUGGCCUCCUGUCACCCCAUGAUCCUUUACUCCACAUCAAGACGCCUUCUCAGUCAAGUCUGGGCUUUGACCGCCUGUUGUCAUCACGGGGUGCAGCUGCGGCUUACCGUGGAAGUCAUGAUCCAACUGGGGUUGGGGUGACAUCUGCUCAAGGUUCCUCUGCAGCCUCAGUUUCUGCCCGCCAUUUACCUUCUCAUCAGUUCAACUUGUUGUCCUCUCAGCUUCAAGACCAGCCCUCCCAUUUGUACAGUGCCUCUGUGUUUUCCUCUACCCCUGCUCCACCUCAGCCAACAUCCCAAGAGCAGACAGUACCAAGACAAGACAGUGUAAUUAAACACUACCAACGUCCCUCUCCAGCACAAGCCCCCUCAUCCACUCCUCAUCCACUUCAGCACUACCUUAGUUGUGGGGUGUCAUAUCAGCAAGCCACUCAUACUCGCCAUGCUGGCCUCUCUUGCAGUCCCCUAGGUGAACACAGUCCUUCCUCAGACCAUAAACCCUCCCCCAGGACUGAACAGUACAGACCGAUAAUCCAACCUUCUUAUGGGUCCUCUUCAUCCUCAUCCUCUGGUGGGGCUGGAAAGGGGACUAAGAGCACCUCCAGUAGUGGUUACUCCUCUUCUGGAUCUGCAUCCUCUUCCAGAACCCCCCACACACCACCCUCUGCCUCUUCUGCUUCAUCCUCAUCUUCAUCCUCUUCCUCUUCUGCAUCUGUUAGUGCUCGUCAGUCUAAUUCCAUUCCAACCUCCACUUCUGCCUCUGCAUCCUCUCGACAACAGCCACCAACCCAGACUGUACCCCCUCCACCCCAGUCACAUUCCCAGCCCCCUCAGAGCUCCUCUAACUCCACCCAGCAAACCCUUCCCAAGUCGUGCCACUCGGGUUACGGAUCCCCAGUGGCUCCAGUAAAGUCAUCGAGUGGUCUAACGGGCCAGACCCCUCCUCAGCCACAACCCCAGUCUUUCUCUCCAAGUCAACCUCCCCCAUCACACCUUUCCCAGUCAUAUGGGGGAUUCAGUUCUCCACAGACUCAUGAUCUUCCUUCAGCUAGGACCUCUGGAGUGGCUAAAGGGUAUGGGAAUUUGGGAAGUCAGUCGUUCUCAGCGGAAUCAGUAUAUGGGACUGAUUCAGGUUAUGGGUCUCUGCCAUCAUCCUUAGGGGGUGCUGGAAGUCCCUCAAUGGGUUAUGGUGCAUCAGGACACUCACCUGCCCUUCUUAGGUCAGGAGCAAGUGGUGGAACAACUGGUGGUAGUACUAGUGGAGGCAGUACAGGAACUGGAGGCAGUGGUAGCGUGGGAGGUGGAGGAGGUGGUGGAUCUUACCACAUCCCUGAUUCAAGCCCAUCUCCGUCUAGCAAUUCUGGAAUCAUCCGCCCUGGUCUGCAUUCUCCUGCACCUUCACGACCUUCUCAGUCACCUGUUGGAACAGGAUCCAACAAAUAUCUAUCUUCCGUUCUCUCGCCUUCAUUUCUGCCUUCUCCACAAGGGUACCCUGACACAAGAGGACCUCGAUCACAACCCUACCACCCUUCUGCUCCUCCCAAAACAAAGUCUGAUAACAGCAUGCUUGGUGUAACAGAGUCUAGGUCACAACAGGAUGAUGAUGUAGAUGACGAUUUCCUCAUCCAACACCUUCUUCAAGCCCAGAGUCCUUCUCCUCAAGCAUCCCAUCACCAUGCUCCUCAAAGCCAUCAUUCCUCACAGCCCACCCAGCAGCCUCCAGUCCUUCCAGCUCAGGAUGGAAAUAAGGGGCUUGCUUAUGAGAUGAGCAAAAGCUCGGAAGAGAGGUACCAACUUCAGAGUGUUAUUCGAACACAUAGUGCCACCUCUAAUGCUGCCGUCUCUGGCACAGGGAGUGGAGCUGGACUAGACAGUCAGUUGGAGAUGUCCCUAAAGAAACAGCAACAGCACCAACAACAGCAACAACAGCAGCAUAAACAACCACAUCAACAACAACCACAGCAGAAGAGCAACAGAUCUGUAAGUGAUGGAGGACGAGGUAGUUCAGAUCAAACACAUUCCCAUCCUCACCAUCAUCAUGAUUCUCUGGGAUCAGUGGUGCAUUAUGGGCGGGGUGACCCGUAUUCCCAACACUCCAUUCCUCAACAAUCCACCUCCCACCAUCAACACACUCCACAUACACCCACCCACCCACACCUGCACUCUCACCCUCACAUGGAUCUUCAGAAAAAGCCUCAAGAUUCAAGAGAUAUGGCUUACAUACGCAAGACACCAGAUGUGCAGCAACAUCACCAUCAGCAUCAACAGGCACAUCAACAGCAAACUCAACAUCAUCAGUCACAUCCACAACAACAUCAACAACAACCACAGCAGCAACAACAUCUCUCCCAGUCACAGUCGCUUAUGGACUCUCCCACUGACCAGUCUCACCAAUCCCCUCAUUUGUUGCAGUCUGUGUUGUCCCACACCCGCAGCAAGAUAGACCCUCAGCAACAGCAGCAUUCUGUAAGCCAGCAGGCCCUUAUGGAAGCCACUGGGAGAGUUGUGUCAGCAGAGACCCAUUCCCAGCCCCAGACAUCCCAGCUCCAACUCCAGCUUCAGUCUCAGGCUAUGGAAGCAGCUGGUCACUAUGGUCAUGGUACUCAGCAGCAAGACCAGAGCCGCCCUAAGUCUAACACAGUGUCUUCACUAGACAUGCUGGAGCAUUCCCUCUCUCAGACAUCUAGCCAAGAGGGAGCGAUGGUGGAUGAGAGGACAGGAGGUGAAGGAAGCAGGGGAAAUUCUGGAACAGGAACAGCAGGAAGUGUAGAAAGGUGUCAAUCACAGGAGCAACAAAGACUUUCAUCUCACCACCCAACGCAGCACCAUGCUUCGGAGUUACACUCAUAUCUUGCUGAGCCAGACAUGAGUUUAUCGACAACUUCCCAUGGACACCACCUAUCCCACCAUCACCACCAACAGCAACAAUCGUCACAAGGUCCUCAACAUCCUAACUCCCAACAUCAACACCCUCACCCCUCCCAUCCUAAUCAGCAGAGCCAUCAUCACCUUCCUCCACAGGCCUCCUCAGCAGCUUCUCAGCAACAGGAGCAGUCUCACCCCUCUCAUACCUCCCAGAUUCCGCAACCUCAACUUGAGCAGCAUCAAGGAGAAGCCCAAUUUGACACCAGGAAUCCAGCAGUGAAAUCAACUCAAAACCAAAAUCAAAGCCAACAUAGCCAGAGGUUUGUUCCUUUAACAUCCAUCUGCUUUCCUGAUGCUCUUCUCCCAGAUGAGGACCGCUCAUUCUUUCCUGGAAUGGAGGAUAUAUUCUGCCCGGAGGAAUACAAAUCCACUUGCUCAGGAGGAACUGGGCAGGGUCAAGAUGGGGUUGCACCUGGCCAAGCAGUGCAGGAAGGAAUGGAAGGAAUUAAAACAACGCCUGGAGGAGGAGACAAUACAGGUCAAAGUUACGAUAUGCUUGGCCAUCACAGUGACCAGGGGUAUGGGCAGUAUUGCCACGAUCUUUCAGAACAUGACAAUGGAACCAUGCAUUUGGAUCUUGACUCCUUGAAGACUCAUGAGCUCCCAUCUACAGUCAACACAGAGCAGCUUGGACUGAUCCAAUCUCAUUCAGCAAGCCUUGGAAUGGGGACAACUGGAACAGUGGGGGAGGCAUCUGGUGCCAAAAUGGGAGGUACUGGGGGAUCUGGGUCUGGAUCUGGGGGUCUUACCUCUCCCAUCUUCUGUUCCUCUCGCCCAAAGAAGCUCCUAAAGUCGAGUUCCUUCCAUCUGCUGAAGGAAAGACCUGAUCCAAACUCCUUGCCCAAGAAGAGCUAUGCACAGGAGUAUGAAUUUGAAGAUGACGAGGAUAAGGCCGACGUCCCAGCUGACAUACGCCUCAACAGCCGAAGCCGACUUCCUGAUCUGAUACCAGACCUCGUGUCCAGUUGUCGCAAAUCAAGUGGUGUGGGAGGAGGAAGUUUAAGCCCUUUAAUGGGUGAUCUAGAUUUUGGAUACCCAUCUCUUGGUCCCCCUCCACAGUUGAUGCCACAAGAUGGACUGAAGAAAAGAGGCAGGAGGCCCACAAAGCCUAAACGAGAAGGACCUCCAAGGCCACGUGGACGACCACGUAUACGCCCAUUGCCGGAACCUCACCACUCUAGGGGUAUGAUGGCAGAGUAUGGAACAGGAUAUGUUCCUGAAAGAGGCAGAGGCAGAGGAAGAGGCAGAGGCAGAGGUAGACGUGAUGAAUCUAUGAUGGACAUGGAGAUGGCCAACAAAGACCAAAAUCAGAUGUAUCAGCAACACAUGCAGCAGCAAAUGCAUCACCAAUCACAGCAGCAGCCACAGCAUCAAGAGCCAAUCAAACCCAUCAAGAUUAAACUUCCUGUUGGAACCAUGUCAUCUUCUGAUGCUUUGUUGCGGACAGACUCCUUGUCGGGCACUGAUCCGGCUCUCUCAGAUGGUUCCCUUGGUUCAGCACCCUCUUUAGGAUUGAGCCCUGGGACUCCCGGAGUGCCUGACAUGAACAGACCUCAAGACAAGAAGUCCAAAUCCCAUGAGUUGGAAGAGAGAGACUCAGAGAAGACUGGCUUUGUUGCCUCAUUUCUAGAUUUUCUUAAGUCUGGAAAAAGGCCAUCAGGAAUGUCAACGGGCUCAGCUGACAGCGCUGGAAAUGAAGAUGCGUCUCCUGGGAAAAGUGGAGGCAUUCGCCCAUUAUCCCCUCAACCGCCACCUCCCCCAGCUGCUGCAGCCGUAUCUGGAUAUGGAGAUGGUGAAAGUGAUGGAGGACUGUCUUUGGGUGGCUGUCCUAGCCCAUGCAAGCGCUUGGAUGAAGAGCUGAAAAGGAACCUUGAGACAUUGCCCUCCUUCUCGUCCGAUGAGGAAGACUCCGUCGGAAAGAACCAAGACCUGCAAAAGAGCAUCUCCUCUGCAAUCUCUGCUCUGUAUGACACUCCGCAGCUCACCUCCUCAAUGCAGCCUCCUUCACUUCCGUCACCCCCUCCUCCACCUCCUCCGGAACCACUGACACCAACACAGCAGCCACCAGCCCUCAGCCCUCAACCACCACUACAUACACACCUGCCCUCGCAUGCCCCCACCCACUCUGUUGAGCCUGCAAGAUUGCAAAGAGAAGAGCAGGAAGAAGAAAUGGAAGAAAAAUUGAAGGAUGUAGACGAGAUUGUGGCGCAAGACAAGGAAGAAAAGGAGAAAGUCCCUGAUAUGGAGCUGCUGAGUGUCCCCAAAUUUGGAGACUCACCCAAAGAAGCUAUCGAAGCCCAAGCUCCCCCGUCUCUCCCUCCAGUUUCCCCAUCAUCCCCUGCUCCCUCCUCCACCUCCUCGCCAUCACCUCUUCCACCCCUCCCCCUUCCCUCUCCUCUCCCUCAACAGGAGGACAAUCCUUCCCCCUCUCAGAAAUCGCCACCACAACAGUCCUCGCCUCCACCCAGUCCUGAGGCUUCCUCUGUUCCUGUCCUCUCUCCUCUACCUCCUCCUCCUGCAGAGCCUCCUCUAUCCUCUAGCCCACCUUCGCCCAGUCCACCUCCAGUACAGGAAUUUAUUGCAGAGCCCGCCUCUCCUGAAGAGCCCCCUGCACCUCAGAUUUUACCGUUGCACUUGGCACAGAAACAGAGCGGUGCUGCCAUUGUUGGCGAGACUGAUGAGGAUGAGAGUGAGAGUGGAGGCGAGGGUAUUUUCAGAGAGAGGGAUGAAUUUGUGGUACGGAUUGAGGACAUCAGGAAUCUGAAGUUGGCCCUGCAGACAGGAAGAGAGCCACCUCCCAUUUGGCGUGUACAGAAAGCUCUGCUCCAGAAGUUUUCCCCUGAGAUUAAGGAUGGACAGAGACAGUUUUGUGCCACUAGUAAUUAUCUGGGUUUCUUCGGGGAUGCUAAAAAGCGCUACCAGCGGCUGUAUGUGAAGUUUCUGGAAAACAUAAACAAAAAAGACUACGUGAGGGUCUGUUCCCGUAAGCCCUGGCACAGACCUACUGUCAACCUGAGGAGACAGUCUCAACCACUCCCGAAGUUAGCGCCACCCCCCAACAACCAGACUCCCUUAGAGAGGACUGAGAAAGACAGAGAGAAGAUUAAGGAGCCGCGGGAAAGCCGUGAGAAGAACAACAUUCGGCUAAAGGAACAGCGGGACAAAGAAAAAGUGCUUAAAACCAAGGAGAAGGAAGAAAAGAAAGAGAAAGAAAAAGAGAAGAAAGCCUCACCUCCUCCUCCGCCACCUCAGAAGUCUGAGAAACGGGCAACGGUGACAGAACGAGGGAAGGUGAAGGAGAAGAAGACUGAACGCUCUGCCAAACCUCAGCCGCCAAAGGUGAAGGCUGAUCCUCCGCCCAAGAAACGCAGGAUGUGGCUGAAGGAGGUACCCUCGUCCUCAGACUCUGACUCCUCAGCAAGUGAGGAUGAAACAGUCUCAGUGAAAGCGGGCCUGAACACACGAGCAAUGCGUGAGAUGUACCGGAGCUACGUGGAGAUGCUGGUCAGUACGGCACUCGACCCGGACAUGAUUCAGGCUCUAGAGGACACAGAAGAUGAGCUCUAUCUUCCUCCAAUGCGCAAGAUCGACAGCCUUCUGAGUGAGCAGAAGAGGAAGCUUUUGAAAAGAGUCAAUAUGAACUCUCAGCACCAGGAAGCUCUUCACACUUUCCCUCAGAUUACGGCGGAGUCCCUGGACUCGGUGACGGUGAGGGUCAGACUGAGUGGUGAAUGCUACAACCGCAAAACGCUGAACCGCAUCAAAAAGAGUGUUCCCAAACCACAGGACCUCAAGUUGUCAACAGAAACAUGUCGACUCUACAGUCUCUACCAUUCGCUGCAUCAUUAUAAAUAUCACACCUUCUUACACUGUAAGAAAGAGACAAACACUAUAGAGCAGGCUUCAGAAGAUCCCGGACAAGAGGAAGUUGUUCAGCAGUGCAUGGCCAAUCAGAGCUGGCUGGAGACACUCUUCAACACCUUCUUAGAGCUGAUGACCCUCAGCACCAAAGCUUAAGACAGAGAGGAAACAUGAAAAUGGAGAAACGUUGAGGAAUGUACAAAGAAGCUGGGUUUAUUGUUGCCUAGCUCUCCUGUCCUCCUCCUCCUCGGUUUUACAGAAAUCUUUCUUUUAAACGGCGACAGGAGAGGACCAGGCCGCCAGACAGUAACUUUAUUAACUCUUUACAAACGCCUGCAAAAAUGCAGGAUCCCUCCUGAACGUUCAGGCAAAUGGAUGUGACCAAACUGAGAUCCGAUUUUAACGAAUUUUCACUGAAUCCGAAGGAAAUGGUACACAGAGCUACGGUUGACGGAAUAUACUGUGUGGAGUCUUUAUACUUUGGAAUCGUGGGAAUUACUGACAGGAGGAAUUCGCUUCGCGACGACACUAGGAGGAAGUCUGUCACUGAAUUUUACACGAAUAAUUUUUUUAAGACAAUAGCAGUUUUAUUCCAGCUUUUUUUCUGAAACGAGAGCGAGAGAGAGAGAGAGACGGUUCUGUUUUAUAAACGAGCGCAGAUGGGAAAGCAGUCACGGGAAGAUGAUGCGUGCAACGACGUGAUGACAUUCAACGCUUUAGUCAACACACGUGAAACAAGUGAGCUAAAGUAAUACAUUUUUAUUAUUUAUAAAGACAUUUUUAACAGGAGUUCACACGUACAGUACAAACCAGUGAUGCUUCAUAUAAAACGGUUCAAAUAAUCUUCCUUCAGAUGUUAUAAAUGGAUCUUAUUGCCACAUUCUGAGCCGUCUUCCUUUUUGCUCAUCCAAGGUGGGUAGAUAGAUACCAUGGAAAAUGUAUUAUCGUUUUUAUCUGUUACAGAAGAGAAAAAGACAAGAGUAGAACAAAUUAUUCAAGCUACGCAAAACGGUAUUAUUGCAGUGCAUUCUACAGUGAAAAUAAGUGGAAUUGAAAGCGAGAGCGAAGCAUCUGGUUCCCAUUAGGGAGGGAUUAUGUAUUAGUACUAUUUAAAAUGGAACUUUGUUUUUAUUUGUUUGUCUGUCUGUAUUCUGAGUAUUAUUUUGGAGCAAUCUAAUACUGUGCUUCUUUCAAAAGUAAAGCCUUUGUGUAAAUAUUGUACAGCUCUUGACAGAAAUCUCCCGGUUCUUCUGUACAUGGACUAUCCCUGUAUUUGACAAACAAAUAAAACCAUCUACAACUA